ACACGUGGAUAACCUCAAUUUUAAUAUUUUUAUUCAAUAUAAAGUUUGUCUUGUAUCUCUCUUAAUAUCUGUCAUAACUUGAAAAAUGUUUUAAAUAAUAAUAUAAUUAUUUCUAAAUUAUUAUUAUAAAUUCAAUGAAUAUGAAUUACAAUUACUUUACUCAAUUUCAAAAAUAUAAAUUUACUUUAAAAUUAAUAAAUCCUAUUUAUAAUGUUUUAAAUAAGACAAAAAAUCUUAAAAUACCAGAAAAACUCAAAGGAACAUUUCUUGAACGAUGGGGAAUAUAUUGGAAAAAUCUUUAUAUAGAUUACAAAGAAUCAGCAUUAGGUGCUACUAAAGAUUGUAAGGAACAUCCUAUAAGAACAUCUAUAUAUUUUUCUCUUUUAGCAUCCUGUGUGUAUCUAUAUAGGCAUAAUCCAGAUGAAUGUACUUUUAAAGAAAAUUUAUUACAAAAUACCAUGAAAAUAAUGCAAGUAGGAGAAGCUAUACGUAAUCCAAUAUCUGAACAUUAUGUAAAAUGGUUAGGGAAAUGUUAUAAUGAAGGCAUUGUACGACGGAUGAAUUUAGGUAUAAUUUCUCUAAUUUGGUUAGAUGAUUAUGAUAAUAUGUGUUCUUUAUAUAAAACGGUUUGUCCUUACUUAAAAAUACAAUAUCUAACAUUUCAUAAAAGAGUGAUAGAUUUUGGACUUUUAGAUAAAUGGUGGAUCUUAGAAAAUAAAAUGAAGGAUUAUGAUGUAAAUGAAGCAGAAUUUAGUAAUGUAAAUCAUAAGUAAAAUAAAUAAUUUAAAACAAAUUAA